GAUGUUAGGCGACAUAUGAUGCAACACCCGUUUGAUCCAAAAUGUCGUCAACUGCGUCUUAUCCCGCGCUAAGGACGUAACAUACUCUACCCUGCGCCUGAUCUGUGACGCUAUUGCGGCGGAUCUUCAGUGCUUGAGCUCGGCACGGCAGCGGGAGAGAAGUCAUCGCUUCUCCUGCUGCUGCUUUAGCACACUGCGUAGGGUUACAGCAGGUUACGCCUGGACCCAGCUGUCAUUCAAGAUGAACCCUUAUGACUGAAAGUUAGCCCUAUUCAGUAAGCUGUUAGCUUCCAAUGGUCACAGUCAUGCCUGAAGAUUAAAGCCCCCAUUUCAUCACUGGAAAGCAACUAUAUAGAAGAUCUACAUGAUUCUUCAUGUAGACCUUCCUGUGUUUGUCCUGCUGGAUUAAAUUUCCUCUCCUCUUUGAUAGUCUAAGCUCUGUCCCUUUUAUACCACUCCCACAUGUCUACCUGGGAACAUGCAACUGCUUCUGAGAAUGGCUCCAACCUAGUCCCAUGCGUCCAGUGAGUGGAGACUCUGACGGCCCUGGUCCUGAAAGAGUAUCACAGGCCUUCCCUUUGUCAGGCCCUGUGCCCUCCUUAGAGAUGUCCUCACUGCAGUCACUGGGCCCAGUGCAAAGCUGGCUGGGUCAGGAGCUGGAGAAAUGUGGCAUAGAUGCAGUGAUCUACACACGCUAUGUCCUUAGCCUGUUGCUGCACGACAGUUAUGACUAUGAACUGCGGGACCAGGAAAAUGACAUCUUCCUAGGCUGGGAUAAAGGAAUGGGGAAGAAAUGGGGAAAAAGCAAGCGGAAGGGAGGGCCUGAUCUUAGUCUGGAAGAGAUGAAGAAACAAGCUGCUGUGCAAUGUUUGCGUUCAGCAUCUGAUGAAAAUGCUGGAAUUGAAAGCUUGGUUGAGGAGCUCUGCUCUAAACUCAAGGAUAUUCAAAACAAACAGAAAGAAAAAGAAAAGCAAGAAAGGAAAAAAACAGAUAUAUCUCAGUCUCCUGAACUGGAUGAAUCACUUUCUUCUAAGGACCAGGUUGAGAUGUAUUAUGAAGCCUUUCCACCUCUCUCAGAAAAAUCAGUUUGUCUUCAAGAAAUUAUGACCGUGUGGAACAAAGCUAAAGCCUGCGCAUAUUCCAGUUCAUCAUCAUCUGCUGUCCCUCAAACAAGCACCGACACAUCCUCCCCAAAAGACUGCACCAGCGAAGGUGAAGCUUUUAAAGACAAAACACUUGAUGCACCCAGCUCCAAUCCAACCAGCGAGAGGGCCCAGCAGCGACGCACUAAGAGGGAGAAGGAAAAUCGAUUCCAUGGUGGCACAGCAGUUGUGCCUGAUGAUCAGGUUGCUCAUCAGAGUAAGAGGCAGGCUAGACAUCGGACCGAGGGGAGAUUCCGUCCCAGAUCAUGGUCUUCUGGCUCUAGUGAGGCUGGCUCAAGCUCCAGUGGUAAUCAGUGUGACCAGACCUCUAGCUGUAAAGCAGUCCGCAUCAGGAACAAGUCUCGGGAGGUCAGCAGCAGAAACAAAAAAGGGCGCAGUGGUGGACAGGUCAAAGUGGCUUUAAAAGUUAUCGACAAAGAGGAGAGGAAAAACGCACGUGGCAGCAACAGUACUACUGGAGGCCCACAUAAGCAACAGCAGCACUACAUGAAAAAAGGCAAAAGGCCUCUGAGGGAGAUCCGCAAAGAUGCUAAUCUGGUUGAGGCACAGGAGUCAGGAGGGGAGGCUAAUAAAAAGGAAUAUAUGGAAGAACCUCUUUGGUACACAGAGCCCAUCUCUGAGUACUUUGUUCCCCUCAGUAGAAGUAAAUUGGAGACAAAGUAUCGGAGUAAAAAAGACUCUUCUAAUGACUUAGCCAUGUCCAUUGAUGUAGAUUGCCUGUCAGAGAGAAUUCAAGGAAUCUGCAUUGCAAAUUCUUGUUUUCAAAGGGCAUACCUUGCAGCGGGCACUUUUGUGGAUGGGCACUACAUUGAAGUGCCUGGUGAAGGUGAUGAAGAGGUUACUGAACUAAAUGGGAUUCCGAGUUACCCUCCUCCUGAAGAUGGUCAAGAUUUAGAUGAUGAGCAUCUGUCUGAAAUCACUCACUUCUAUGAAGUUGAUCUUUAUCAAUCCAUAUUGGAUCCUAGUGCCUCAGAUGCGGUACAAGAAAGUCGAAUCUUGAACAUGAUUCGUCAGAAAAGCAUUGAGCGAAAACACUUUGAAGCAGGAUGUGUAGUUUUAGAUGGCCUUGAGCUGCAAGGGGAAAGUGCAAUAAGGGUGGAUUCUCUGGGAGCCUCAGAAGCUGAUACUUCUUUCACACAAGAUAUGGAAAACAUUGCUCAAAUGUGGGAGUGUCAUUCAUCAUCUAGUUUGGAGGAUUUGGAGGGAGAAAGUUGUCCAGGUGACUCUCCAGUUAGGCUUUCCCCAGUUAUGGACAAUGUUUCGUAUAACCUUAGCAAGCUGUCUGGAGCUUUUGUAGGACCUCAUUUCCAAGAAGCCAGUGGUAGCAUAUCUGCCCUGAACUCCUGCUUUUCACUUUUUGAGUUGCAGUAUGAUAGCCCUACAUUUUCUUUUCCCAGUGACUCACUCACAGUGGGUCAGGACAAUGUAGAUCCAAGUAGCUGUUUAGAUCCACAAGGAAACAAACAAUCUCGUUUGCUAAUUUGGACCAAAAACAGUGCCUUUGAUGAAACGGAACAAUGCUCUAACUUAUCAACAAGGACAUGCAGUCCGUGGUCCCACUCGGAAGAGACGAGAUCAGAUAGUGAGCAGAUUGGUGCUCCAGCAGAAGAAUCUGCUCAGUUUGGUAACGAAGAGGUCCGUUGUAUCCCCCUUAUUCCACCUUCAUGCCUGGAGGAGGACCUUUUGGAUUUCUUGCAAGAAAACUCAAGUCACCAGCAGGAAGAACCGAGUGUAGGCACAGAGUCCAACCAGCCCUUCAAUAAGAAAUCAAAACUGGAGUCCAUUUGUGGCAUAGCAUUAGAGCAGGAUGAGAGUAAACUUUAUAAUGCUCUUGUGUUUUCAGAUGUCCCAAAUCAACAAACUGAUGAAUACACCUCAGGGAUAAUAAGAGACAUUUGGAUGGCUAUUGGAGAUGGAGACUGUGUGUUAACACUUGGGGUAAAGAAUACUGGGGAGCACUUGUUUUCAGAAGAGGCUGCUGACUUACAGUGCAGUUGCCUUGACAAGGAUAUAAAAGGUGAAAUAAUUCAAAAGAAAGCUGUGCAGCGUUCUGAGUAUCAUCUUUGGGAUGGGCAGAAAAAGGAUGAUGGGCUUUCUAAAAACAAGAUGUGUAAAAUGGAUGGGGAUUAUACAACACCGGCCAAGCCCUGGAAUGGUAAUUCAGAGGACAGCACAUCAUUUAUCCUUGGAGGGGUUUAUGGAGAGCUAAAGACUCUAAGUGGUGAUAGGGAAUGGGCUAUGAUUCCACCUAGCGAUGCUUGUGGGAGUUUGUUGCAGUGUGCAGCAGCCACAUCUUCUGAUAUGGUAACCAUUGCCGGGGCAGAUGUGUUCAUGAACACAAGCAGUUGCUUUGCUCCUGGCCACAAGCCAUUGUGGAGACCUCUUGUGUCCUUCGGUCAAAAUGAGCAAGCUGCCAAGGGACCAGGAGAUAGUUUGAAUAAGGGAUUUUCUGUUGUCUUCCAUGAAGAUUUACUUGGAUCAUGUGGAGGCUUCCGUGGAGAAGAACCGGGACUAGAUUACCCGUUUUCAUCCUUUGAUCUAAACAACCCUUUUUCCCAGGUCCUGCAUGUGGAGUGCUCUUUUGAGCCAGAGGAUAUGGCAUCGUUCAGCCCGGGAUUCAAGCCAAAAUCCAUACUAUGCUCAGACUCUGACAAUGAGCCCAUUUGCCCUUGGUUAUAUGGCAUUAACCGGACUCAAUAUCGGGCCAUUCGAAUUUCCCCAAGGACUCAUUUCCGGCCAAUAUCUGCCUCUGAACUGUCUCCGGGUGGCUGCAGUGAGUCGGAUGUAGAGUCUGAGAAAGAAGAAGCAAGUCUUCCAGUUGGUCAGGCAGACCUCUUUGAUGACCCACAGGCUGACCUCAAGCCGCUUGAGGAGGAUGCAGAGUGUGAGGGUCCUUAUUAUGGGAAAUCUGAAUUAGAAUCUGGGAAGUUCUUACCCAGAUUAAAGAAGUCUGGCAUGGAGAAGAGUGCCCAGACAUCACUUGAUUCGCAGGAGGGUGGCACCACUCUUCUGCCAAUUACUGAACAAGAGAUUUGCGUACAUUGUGAGACGGCAGCGGUGCCGGAGCUGUGUUCUCAUGUGCAUUCCUCUGUUUUUCAACAAGAGGAAUCUUUCAGAGAGACAGAGUCUUGCAAAUGUGCCGCAACUGAUCAGAGUCCUAAAAGUGGAAAGUCACUUGGUGGGGUUCAAGAUAUGCAUGAGCUUCCUCUGUUGAAUUUUGGAGAACAGUGCUUAACUACUAUCCAGCAAGAUGAGUGCUGGUGGCAAAGUACUCUGUGCCCUCCUUUAUUUUCAGGUUCUCAGUGCAGAGGAAGCAGUAACAUAUGAAUUGUCUCUCGAGCACCAAGGCAUACCAAUGCUGAUUUUCUCCCAUCACCUUCAACCAGAACCCGGAGGAGGGAUAGCAGGACCCUCAUGAGAACAGCAACCCCAGGCCCAUAAUUGGGGCUCUUAUUUACCCACUGUCCUUGGGCCUGUUAAUCCUCUGUCAGUUCAUCUGAAACAGCAUAUCAGCAUAAACAGGAAAACUUGGCAAUAGGUUGACCAUGUAGUUAGGUGAUUUUGUUCAACAGCAUUUCUUAUAGACUUUUUUUUCAGUCUGCUAAUACCAAGGGUGAACAAAUUUGAAGAGAGUUAAAAAGACAUAGUUAAGCAUUAAGAAUGUUCUUUAAUUUACCCCUUUUAGAUUUUAGCUUCUCUUUUAUGUUUGAUCUGGGAUACGCUAUAGUUGUGGUCCUAUUGAUUGUGCAUGUGCUCGUGAACCUAGUCUCAGUCUUUCUAAUAGUAUAAGUUUCCGUGACCUAACUAUGAAUACUCAGAAGUCAGGUUGAAAGCACUACGAUUGCAAAAAACCCAGACCCUGAUUAGUUUGAUUUUUGUUUUUUUUUACCUUCAGAUUACUUGGAGGAUAGAGUUGUGUGAGGUUUGGUGUGUUGAAAGAAAAAAUGCUGUUGAACCCCCCGCACACACUUUUGUGUGCUUUUUUGCAUCAACCAUUCACUGGUGUUGCCAUUCCAUUCAGCCUUGAAAGCAUGCUAAAGAAAUUAAGCAGGGUAGGAACUUGACAAGUUCAACAAUUCAACAAGCAAACUGAAAAACAGCUCUUGUUAAGCAGAAGGAUAAUGAAAAAACCCUACAAGGCUGUAUAUCCUUUAAAGAUGGAUGAAGCUUGCAUUGCUUGAGUAUACCUCUUAAUAGAGCCAUUGUGUUUUAUUUUGUUAACAUAAUUUUGUUAACAAAACAUUGACAAAUUCUAAAGGUGUUUUGACUUUCAGUUGCAAUAUACAUGGAACACACAAUAUAAAAACUGGUGCAAAAAUGAGGGCUUUAAGCAGAUCAAGAUUUAGAAGGGGAUUAGUAAAGUAUUUUGACACAGUUUUACAAUUUCUUAGAUUCUACAUCUUUAAAAACUAUUGCAUUACAGUUUGGUAUUUUAGCCAAAUGUUAUGUUACAAUUUGUACCUUAUACAGUGUGGUGUAUAAAGUAAAAAUUGGUUUAUAGGUUGAUUUGUAGUUUAUACCCCUUUCCACAGCUGAAGUGAGUACUGAUGGCUUUUUUUAAUCAAGAAAAGAGCAUACAUGUGUUUUCAGAAACAACAGUUGUACCAGAAAGCUGUGGCUGUUUUAUUGUAAUAAUGCAUCACACCUGCAGCAUAAGUAUCUAGCAAGAUCUAAAAUGAAGGGGUGUAUAAAAGCAACGUUAUAUUUUGGCACACCAUAACUCUGUAACAUUCUGCUAUUUUGUUUCAUGUUAAAUGCUAAGAGGAACAUACAGUACAAUGGCUUAUUUCUGAGAUCUGUUAAAUUUUUGUUUUUAAUUCACCCUCUUUGAAGUGAAUUAGGGCUAAAAUAUUCUAUUUGAAAUGUAGGUUGCCUUUGUUUUGUUGGGGGGGGUAUGCGUGGAAUGAAGGGUGGUAGAGAUAUAGUGUAACCCUUUUACGUUUGCAUAAAGAAUAAUACUAUUUGGGUUCAGAAGUUCCAAACAUUUUAUUGUUAGUCAAUUUGUUUUCAAAAUGCAGAGAUAACCAGUUCAUUUUACAAUUCCAGAAACUUUAUCUCAAAAGUGUUCUCCAUAUUCAGUCAGCCAUCUGCUGGCUGUACUAUCUAUCAGUUCAAAAAAUUAAAUCUUUUUUUUUAAGAUGUACCCAUUUGAAAAUACUACAUGUAUACUACACAAGCAGAUUUUAAAGGAACACGCUAACUUUUUAGGACGUAAGCUUAUUCACCGUAUCCCCCAGAGUUAGAUAAGUCCAUACAUACUCUUUUUAUCUCCAUGCCGUAACUGUCUAAUGCCCCCUCCGCUAGCCUAGCUUAGCACAAAGACUAAGUAAAUGACUCCAGCUAGCAUACUGCUCCCAAUAAGUGACAAAAUAACGCCAGCAUUUUCCUAUUUAUAUGUUGUGAUUUGUAUAGUCACAGCAUGUACAAAUAACAAGGUCAUAUGAGAGCCAUCUUUUAACCAUAUACAUAGAAACUAUAUUCUUAGAGGCAAAGCACUGCUUCUUGGGCGGAGUGAUUUGCUUGCAGCACCUGGGAAGCCCCGUGGUGAGGAUCAGAGAGUUUGUGCAAGUGUUGCACUAAUCACUCCGCCCAAGUAGCAGUGCUUUGCCUUCUUAGAACAUAUACCCAGUAUAUAUACGGUUAAAAGAUAGCUGUUUCUCAUAUGUCCUUGUUAUUUGUACACACUGUGACUGUACAAAUCACAGCAUAUAAAUAGUUCAAGAAAAUUUUGGCAUUAUUUUGUCACUUAUUGGGAACAGUAUGUUAGCUGGAGCCAUUUACUUUGUGCUAAGCUAGGCUAGCGUUGGUUGUAUCAGAUUUACGGGACGUACAGAGAUUAAAAGGAUAUGUAAGGACUUCUCUAACUCUGGGGGAUAUGGUGAAUAAGCUAAAGUCCUAAAACUUCCACGUAAAAGUCGAGGUGUUCCUUUAAAUGGUGUGAAGUGUGCGUUUUUGACUCUAAUUUCCAAGAGCACCCUUUAUAGUUUGUUUUGCCUAUUUAAAACUAUGGUGUGCAGCUUUUUUAAAAUUGGGCCUUAAAAAAUUUAAAUCUUUAAUAUAUUUAUACACAGAUGGUUCUCCUUUCACAUUUGCAUAUUAUGUACUUUGUGGAUUGGUAGAACCUGCAAACUAUUUUUGUAGUAGGGGCUAAAUGUGACAAAGCAAGCGAAUUUUGUUUCAAACAACAAAUUUCUUUGAAAACUAAUUACAGCAGGUACUUAUUUCUUAAACAUAAAUGUUACUAAAAAGUCACGUUUGCUAAUGCUCCCUUGCAAGGGUGAAAGUAUUUUGUUGGCCGGAUUUUGAGCUACAAAUGAAUCCCUUGUAUUUUGUAUGACCAAGUCUCAUGGGUAGAUUGUUAAAUUUUUCUUUAUUUGCUCCUUGUGGUCAUGGAAGUGUAGCUGUCUUUCAAAACUCAUAAUAUAUAAUUAAUUCAUGUGAUUUUAGUUAAAUGGGAUGGCACAAGUAUUUUGGUACAUAAGAGGUGUAUGGACUCCUUUUAAUGGAUCAUUUCUUCGACAACAUAUUUACAUUGCAGUUUACUUUUCAAAAUUAAAAUACUUUCAAGAGAUUCCAAAAAUGCAGUUAGCUAGGCCAAUUGUUGCUGUUUCUUUCUACAAUCUACAAAGUUGCCGUCCUCUAAAGUAGGAAAUCCUUUAAUUUGUUACUUGUAUUAGAAGCUUGUUUUAGGGUGGAUGGGUGAUGGAUGACAAAAACAUUUGGAUCUUAAAUAUUUUGAGAGAAAAACAUAUAAUGUGAAUAAUGAGGCAGACAGUUAUGACUGCAUGGGUAGAUAAUUUAAGGUUACAGAUAUACAGUUUCUCUCUGUUUGACCUGGUACCUAUUUUAAAAAUGUUUGAAAAAACUUUACAAAAAGGAGUGAAAAACAAAGUUUUAUUUUUCAAGUGAGACUCUGAUUGUUUGUGUGCGUGUGUGUGUGUGGUGGUGCUGUUGCUGGAGAAAGACCUUAGUACUCAUGUCUGUGUGAGACUGAAAAUUGCAUUCAUUUGCCAUCUUGUUGAAUUUAGGGUUGAUUUGAUUAUGUAUAGUUAAGGGUUGUGAUCAAUGCAUUUGAGAGGACAGCUAUUAAAUCUGCAAUCACAGGUUUAAGUUUGGAUUGCAAUGUUGUAUAACUUUGAGUUCUGAAUUGUCUCAUUUCCUCUUUGUAACAGCUUCCAAAUUGAAGCCCAAACCUGUAACUGUUCUCUCGAUACCUGAUCAAAGUCAUUAAACCCCAGCACAGACACAAAGUUGGUUGCAUUGUUCUAAUGCCAUGUACAUCUGAGUACAUUGUUUUGUUUCAUUGUGAAGUUUCAAAACCUUCAAUAAACAUAAAAAAGGUGA